AUGAAGCAUAAACAUAUUAAUAAUAAUUAUUAUGAUAAUAAUAAUAUUACUAUUAAUGAUGAGGAAUAUCGAAUAAUCAGAAAUUAUGGAAGAAAGCUUAAUGUGUUCAAAGCAUAUAAAAAACCUAUUGAAUCAGAAUAUUAUAUUAUAAAAAGAUCUUAUGGUAUUGUUUCAUAUAAAAGAGAAAUAGAUGCAUUAAUUUUAUUGAAAGAUGCAAAGAAUAUUAUGCGAAUUGUAGAUUAUGAUUCGUAUAAGAUGGUUGUUAUUGGUGAAUAUGGACUAUAUGAUUUAGAAAUUUUUUUCAAACAUCAGAUAUGGACUCAAAGACAAGCAGAAAAGGUGCCAAUAAUAAAAGACAUUGUAGCUGCAUUAUCUGAAUAUCAACAUCAUAAUAUAG